AUGACAAUGCGUCGUCUCGAAGCAUCGGAGACCCAUGGCAUGGUGGAAGGUGGCAUGGGACCGAUUGGCAGAGGACGAUACGUCGUCUUGGGGCAGGGCAUGGUUCAACAGCAGGAAGGCUUGACGACGAGCUGGAGGACUCGUAUCGCCGGACGACGAUAUGUCGUCUUGGAGCCAGGAUGGGUGCAGGACCUGGUGGAACGAUUGGAAACGUUGAAGCGAGAGUUUGAUAUGUCCGACGUCCGUCAACAAACUUCGGCGACGGGUCAGUUCGUGCGAUUCACCGUGUCAAUCCGAGAGAACGAGGAGACCCCAGUUCCACAGAAAAAACUACGUACGAUGAUGUCCCUCCGCCAGCAGAGACCACACUUUCAUCACUGCGCACCUUCUCUGUCACUUGCACUGUUGCAGCUGGCGCUGAGCGCUGAGCCCUCGAGCUUCAAAUUUAGCCAAUCAUCUGAGGUACGCGAGGAUGGCAGGGGUUUUGAGCCGAGUUGGAGUUGA